ACAGAUUGCAUCAAUCAGCCCAAGUAGAGGCAUAUGUCCCUCCCCGUCUACCGAGCCUUCCUUCCUCAGUCCCUUCUCAGGUCUUUGGCUGCUUGAACCCGGUAGCCGAGCAGCUCAUUCGGAUUCCCGUCAUCUUCUCUUCUCACUCUCGUACCCUUUCGCAGCAAUGCCGCCGGCAAAGAAGAGGCGUUCCCCGCUGGACCGCUUCACCGAUGCCUCCCCUACCGCAAUAUCCGCCGGCUUCUCCGCGGCAAUGAGCAUCGGUCCCCAACCUCGUAUGAUCCGCAAUAACAGCGCCAGUGGUAGCGGCAGUAGAGGAGCAAAUGGUGUCAUCGGACAAGGGUCCACCUCUGCCGGCAGUAAUAAUGACUUUGGCUUUGGUGAAGGAUUAGCCGGGGAUGCUGGUAUGCCUGGCAUUAGCUGGCUGCAGAACUUGCAGAGCAGCGCUGGCUUUGCAGGAGGGGGCGCAGGGGGUGACUCUACCUUUGGCGAUCUUGGUGGUAGUGACGAUGACAGCGAUGCAGAUAAUGCUGGAACGUCAAAGCAGGGUCGUAAAGGAGCAAAGAAGAAGGCCCCAAAGCGCAAAAAGGCCACGGAAGAUGAUGAGGCGCCCGCUAGCGGCAAGUCGGGCGAAGCCGCGGGGGAUGAAGAUGAUGCCGCGGUACUUCGUAAAGCUCAGAAUAGGAUUGCCCAGAGGGAGUUCAGACAGCGCAAGCAGCAGUACAUUCGAGCGCUGGAAGCCAGAGUCGAGCUUCUAUCCACCGAUCAUGAUGAGCAGGUGGACCGGUUGCGCUUUGCACUCAGAGGUCUGCUCAGCGAGAACAAUACGCUGCGAUCCUUACUAGGCUCGCUAGGCAGAUUCAUCGGAGAGGGCUUGCUCGGAGGACCCUUGCAGCAGGCUGGCCUGACCCGUGAGGAGCUCUUCCGUACCAUCAAUGGCAGAUCAGAGAAGACGAUGACAGAUGCCUGGCAGAACUGGCCUGGAGCAAAAGAGUGCGAAGCGCUGCGACAAUUACGUCAGGAGGCCAAUAUACCAGUAGAUGGUCUGCCCGAGAUGCGAGGCUCGCCCGGGCCAUCCUCUGGAGAUGCACAGAAGGCCGCCAAAAACAGCAAGCGAAGCCAGAAGGGUACUACUGCCGAAGGAACUCCAGCCGCGCAGCCGAGUGGCUCAAGAACUACUCAGCAGUCCCAGACUCCCCAGAAUGGUACACCCAUGCGCGGCCAGGAGAGCUUCGAUGCCUCCGAGGGCUUUGAGUUCUCAAUGCUGCCAUCGAUCAGCACCAAUUCACUGGGAGGGUUUUCCCAGCAACAGCAGGUAGCUACGCCUGGCUCUGCGACCAGCGCGGGUGGCGUGACUAAUCUCCAUCCCUUCAAUGGUCCUAUGCCUCCCAGUGCCUUUGGCUUCUCGUCAACUAUGGACGCGCAGGACGAUGCCCUCAUGGCAAGCCUGUUCGGAGCUGACGCAUUGGCAGAUGGCACAAAUGCUGCCUCAUUCUUCCAAUCGAGCAAUGGGGGAACUGAGCUGCUUUCGCAGGGCGCAGCAGCCACUUCUUCUCCUGCUGCGUCUUUAGUUCAGACCAAUACGGCCCGAUCUCUACCGCCCUCGCAGCAAGCAGCAAUGCGCGGCUUUGAUGCCAACAACGCUCCCAAUGGCAUCCCUCAGAGCGCUCAAGCCUUCAUCGACUCCCUCCGCAAUUUUCAAGAUGAGAGCGGUUUCCAGCGCAUGACUGCCCUUGCUAAUCAACUCGCACGCGUGAGGGCCAGCCAAGGCAGGACUGACUUUGUUCCCAUUUUCCACCCGGACCCGUCACGGUGUGACUCGGCUGCAAGUGUGGAUAGUCAGGAUGGGGGAACUUUGCAGAGUGAAGAGGAUAUGCAGAGGAUGACGCAGGCUGCUAUUCGGAUGUCGUAUGAGAUGAGCAAUUACCGGCGCAACGCAUCCUACCACCUCCCCGCCCUCCUACGUCCAACCCACCUACAGCUCACCCGUCCGCACGACCCUAUAAUCGACAGUGCUCCCUUUCCUUCACUAAGGGACGCUCUGAUCCUCAAUCGUGCCAAUCUAAACCUCGACGAAGUCAUGUUUUCCAUUCUCUCCUGUGCUAAAGUAGGAGAUGGAGACGUCUUUAGUGAAAAGACCUACCAGCUAGAUCAUGCCUUCCUUUUGAGGUAUCCAAGUCUGGCCACACAGGAGACGGUGAAUGCGACGAAUCGAUGGAGGGCGGGGCAGGGCAUGGGACCGCUGAGUGGGAGGGAGCUGCAUGCUCUUGUAGGGAGUGGAGGAGGAGGAGUGGGGAUGAGUGGACCAUCCUCCAACAAGGGUAGCUCAAGUACAGGUACAGGCACAUCAACGGGGACUGGAUCUGGAACUGGAACUGGAACUGGAAGUGGUGCGACAGGUACUGCCGCUUCCACCCCACCAGCAAGCAAUGCUAAUGGCAGCGGGAGCAGUAGCAGCACGACGAACGCAGGCGGGUCAACUCUUCCUGCAGGAGGUGGAGGGGGAGAGGGAGGGGGAGGGGGAGGGGGAGGGCUGACCAGCAACAUUAGCAGCAGCAGCAACAGCACUAAGAACAGUCGUCCAGGCACCCUUUCCAGUGCUGGAGUUGGAGUUGGAGUUGGAGCUGCCCCUGGAAGUGGUCCUCAUCUCCACUCCUCCGACAUCGGCGCAACGCUCACUCCCGCCGCAGUGGGAAAGGUCUGA